CUCCAUGGAUGCUUCUAGAAUCAGGUAACUUUGGGUAGAAAUGACAAGGACAAAUAAUCGUCAAAAGGGCACGUGAAUAAGCUUGGUUUUUGUCUCUGUAUUUUAUCUCUGUAUUGUUAUUACAAUUAUCGCAAAAUGUUAUACGUUAUAACGAAACGUGUGCUGUUACAGAGAAUGAUGGUUAUUCCUCUUCGGACAUUUAGCAUACAAAUUUUGGAUGGAGUUAGUAAUCAGCCCACUGUGAAUACUAAUGUACAGGGUCUUAGUGAGAGAUGUGUUAAAGUACCAAAUAUUCCUGUAGGUCCAGGUGCUUCCAAAAUGAAAGAAUACAAAAAUCCUGAAUAUUUUUGUUAUCAUGUGGACACAAUUGGAGAAGCUGAAGUAGAAUUAGCAAAAUAUAGAUUACCAGCACCAUCUAAUAGAAGACCGUUUCACAAAUGAAUAAAUUAAGUGUAAAGUCUCAAAUAUAGGUUGUUUGUUUAGUUUAUUUUUAUGCUAAAAGUGCUUAUAAACAUCAUUUAUUGCACAAUGCUGUUUUGAAAUAUUCCCAUAAAAUAAUGCUUUCAUAAUUUUGAAAUUUCAUAUAGCAUAUAUUGCAUACUGUUAAAAAAUUUAGUGUAUUAUUUAAAAAUAUAUAUUUUAUUCGUGAGUAA